UUUUUGGAAUAAUGGGAAAGUCUCAAAUUCCCAACUGUCUCCGUAUGUAAAUAUGUACAUUAGAUGUAUGUAAGUACAUACGAUGCCACGAUGUGAACAAAAAUCUCUAAAUUAUUGUUUUCUUUAUUACUCUGAAUACCACGUCGCGUCCUCCAUUUUUCGCCAUGUGUGUAUCUCGCCCACUUGACCCACUGCUCCACCUCUGCAAUUGCUACAUAAUAAUCCCGUCUUAUCAUAUCGAAUAGUCAUAUCACAGAAAUGUCGAAUGUAUCUUGCGAUAGUGGUCCAAAACAAGGGCUGGAAUAAGUAGGAAAGGAAGGGGGUUGAACUAAAAUUUUUGGAUGAUAACAAACCUCAAAUAGAUUUAGGAAAUUAGGAUUUUUUUAGGAACUUCAUACGUUAAAAAUAUCGUUAGAGCCGAGAAAUGAUUAAAAAUUAUGCUAACUUUGAAGAUCUUGUGAUGAGUAAUCGAGCCCUAAGUUAAACCUCAAAUUAUAUACUGUAAAAGUCGAAAAAAAUCUCACAAAAAAAUCUCACAGUGUCCCCUUCCGACCUCCUCACCUCACAAACCUUAUGGACCACAUUGAAAUUUCAUAAGCAACCUUAGAAAAAUGGCGAAAGAAGGUCAUGAAGAGUAACACGAUGUGAGAACGAGGUCAUAUCGUGCCACGGUCAAGACAUACAAGUUUUGAUAAGUGUCUGCAUAGUCACUCACCUACUUUUGGUUAUCCACACUUUAAACCAGAUUAUUCGGAACUGAUAAGUUAACUGCAAAGCUAAUUGGAUGCAUGAGUAUGCACAUAUGCGUUUAUGAAGAGUCUCACAUAAGCCAAAUUCUCUGAUAACCCGAUUUGAUAAGGCGUGCAGAUAAGUCUUUUGGACCAAGUGAAUCAGUAAAUACAAGCUUACACAAUGUAUUACAUAUAUGUAUAAUCGGAUUAGUUAGUGACAAUUUAUUUCACUUCUAAAUUUUUGCAAAAUAUUCGCGAAAACAUAAUGUUGCGAUCUCUAAGUUUUGCAGGGUCGGAUCGUAAUUCCCGACCUGGUACGCCAAUCCAGCGACUUUGGCGAUAUUUAUCAACGACAGAAAUUUCCGGGUACAGAUCGGAGCAGUCGCUCCCAUUCGCACAAAUUGUGGAUGAUGGUCACCCCCUCGGACUUGGAAAUCCCAAGAUUUUACGCCAAAUUUUAGGCCACAUGGACACAAAAACUUUAAUUUCCCUGCGUCGCGUGAGUCUUCGUUGGAAUCACGUCUCGUGCGAAAUUCUUCGUCGGAACAUGGCCCCAGUUUGCAUACGCCCUUCGCAAAUCAAAAAGUUCUUGAGAUUCAUGAAACGCUGUUUCUGCAAUCCGUUUGGAUCUUAUGCAAUUAGAAUCGAAAAUUUGGGGGAACUUUCCAACAGAAACUUUUUCAAACGGUUUAGUCUCGACGUUAUCAAGUUACGAGUGAAAAUUGCAAGCGAUGAAAUUCCCGAGUUUUUCAACCGUGUGUUGAAAGGUCUCACGAAUUUGGAGGAGUUGCAUCUCAUCCGAAUUCCGGAGGGGGCCUUGUACUUGCGGACGGCGUAUGUCCCCCCGUCCGUCUGGGUUUAUGGAAUUUUUCAUUUUCCCAAACUAAAAUCCAUCAUUUUUGAAAAUGACGAUCCAACGAUACCAUUUCACAGGAAUUAUGAUGCUAUUUUAUCACAAGUGCUGAAUAGUGCGCCAAAUUUGGUUAGGGUUACGUUCGUGUCGUGGGAUAGUCAUUUUUCGAGGGUGAUUUCUAGAUGUGGGAUCUCAAACCCGAAAUCCUUUGACGGCUGGUCAUUCUCAAAAUGCAAUCCUAAACUAAAAGAAGAUUUAGUCGAACUAUUUUACGAGGAUAAAAUGAAAUUUAAAGCCUUAAAAUUCGAAAUUGACAAAACUGGGUCGCCAUCCUCCCUAGAUUUUGACCUUGUGAUGGACCUCAUCCUCCAAACGGGCGAUCACCUUUACCACCUCGCCCUUCGGAGUGACGACGCCACGCAAGAGUUCCUCUGCUCCUUCAAAUUGCGACGCCUGAUCACCCUCAGCCUCCAAGGAUGGCUCGGACCAGUCCACUUGAUCGGAAUGGGGCACCAAUUUCCCAACUUAAAAUCACUAAAAGUCAACCCCUCAAAUUUUUCGGGGCACGAUUUCUCAAAAAAUCCGAGAUUGGAACUCCCCACCGUGGAAACUUUGACCGUAAUGCCGCUCGAUGGAGUUGAAUUGAAUCCAGUGGAUGCAAACCUGAUGGAAAACUUAGUCAAAAUAUUUCCCUGCGUUAAAAAUCUGCACGUCCAAGUGGACGGGAUUGAACCGCUGCAUGUCGUUUAUACGCAUUGGAGUCGGCUGACCAGGUUGUGGGUGGACGUGCGAGGAAGUGGGGGCGAAGGGGGGGAUGAAGCCUUCACCGGAAUUCCGCCGGAAGUAGUGAAGAUUUUAGGAUAUUGGGAAUGUGGUUGUAGUCGCUUAUCAUUUCCGGAAGAGGCGAGAAGACCAACACACAUUGGAAAGUUAGGAGAACUACGCGAGCUUAUCAUUCGAGCCGGAAACUUAACGGAUGCCACCCUGCUGGAAGGAAUCUCUCAAUUAAAACAGCUCCAAGUUUUGUGGCUUCUUCCAUCCUUUUCUCAACUACGGAAUAAUUCUGAUAGCAAUUCGGAUGAAAUUCCGGCCCACGAAACGCCCAAACCGUGGUGUUUACGAGCGAUAGUGGAUUGUUUAGAAAAGUUGACACAUUUAGUGACGUCGAGCGAAAUAGUUUAUCCUCCACAAGAUGUUGACUACUUACGAGCCAAGAAACCAGAGUUGAUGUGGAUUAAAUAAAUGUUUCAUGACAUGAUGUCGUCGGAUAAUCCAGAUUCUGACAGUUUGCUGUGACAGAUUUUGUUACAUAUUCGCCUUGCCAGGCUGAAAAUACAGAUUAGGAAGGUUUCGCAGGUGGCUGGCGAACUGGACUUUUUGCUUCCAGUUAAGAUGGAAACUUUGAAAUUUUCCGUGCUACUUGUUCUCAUGGGGGUUUCUCUGCUUUGUCAUGAAGCGACGCCUCUGCCACCACCCUGGGUUCAGAAACUUAUCGAGUCAAAAUCUGGGUUCAAGUUUACGACGCCGUCCCCAAUCGUGGUCUACUCGGCGGCCGUCAUUCCCCAAAAGCAGGAGGGGGCAUACUGGAAGUCUGCGUACAGUUUUAAAAAUAAGGACAAAAAGAAGGGGAGAGGAAAAUGGGGAUAUAAAAAUCCAGGGGGGAAAUGGAACUCGGAAAAUGUGGGGGCUUAAUUAAUAUAGUUAGAAAAUAAUUUGUAAUUAAAAACAAAUAAAAUCACAUUUGCUUAAGUUUUCAAAAUUAUUUAAAUAUUUUAUUAAAUUGUUCAAUUUAUUAA